AUGGAGGAUCAAAGUCAAAGAUCGCGCCCCGAAUCCAGCAAUUCUGCAAACACAAGAAUGACACCAACAUCCAGCAACAGUUCUUCGGCCCAUCUACCGGCGCGCAGUGCGGGUACAAAUGGGGCUAGGGCACCUACUUCCGGCGGCGCAAGCUUGCUGCAGGAACGUUUGAGGGAGCGCAAAGUCGAAAGCGCGAGGCAGAGUCGCAGACGGAGUAUCGAUUUGAGCAAUGGCGAGAAGGGUGUGCAGAGCUCGCCGGUAAAAGGGAGUGGUGGGAGAGGAGAGGAGCGCAGGUCGAGCGUGGGUGGGGUUACAGCUGGGAAGGGGGGGAUGGGAAUCAAGCAGAUGGAAGAGCAAGUUUCUACUCUGCACAAACAGAACUUCGAUCUCAAGCUUGAGCUUUUCCACCGCCGUCAGCGACAAGAAACCCUCGAGCACAAGCUGCAAGAAGCCGAGAAACAAAUCGAAGAGCAGGCCGAAUUACAAGAAGUGAAUGAGGAGCUGUUGUCGGAAUUGGAGAAGAGGGAUCAGGCUGUCGAGGAGGCUGUCAACAUCAUUGUCACACUGGAGGAAAAGGUGGAUAGGCUGAUGAAGGAGCGAGAGGGUGUUAGAUCUUUCGAGGCAGACUACGAAUCCACAUACUUCCGUCCUAGUCACGACGAUGGGCUGCCAAGCUCCCCUCCACGAUUCGACGACCAGUUGCGACCGCAGAAAUCUGUCCCUCGCAUGCCUUCGUUCUUGUCCGAGCCGAGUCAGGGUGUCGAAGCUUUGAGGAGCCUGUAUCUCCCGUAUAGCGAGUCCACACUGCCAAAUCUAACGGAGGAUUCACUUGAUGGUUCACCAGAUCAUAUAGGUAGUCCUCGACUCAGUCUUUUGAGCGAGAGUUCGUUCGUCAGUGUCUACGGGGAGAAAAAGUUUCAGUUGGAUGUCCCAGAAGAUGAGGUGGAACUCCCACGAAGACAUCGAAGAUCUACAUCGGUGGAAGACUGGAUUGAUGAACGGCCUGUCCCUGAUGUAACUCCCGUAAAACCAUCAACACGCAACCUCACGCUACAGAGGAAAGAGUAUCUCUCCAUCAACAAUGUACUGGAAUCACCAUUGCAGCGACUGGAGAAGUUGAAGCAUACACUCGAGAAAGCCAAUGGUAGCCUUGUAUCCACACAAGCACCAAGCAGCAAGGGAAAACGAAAAGCUAGUAUGCCUCGCCUUCUAUCGACCGACACGAAUAGCUUUGACCGUCAGCAUACCCUCCCUCCAACUCCAGACACCAUCAGCACCGAUACACUGCGCCACUUCAAGAACUCGAAUGAUGCAAUGCUACAGCAUCGAAAAGCGAGCGGGACAUUCCUCAACAGCACUUCUACUUUCCCCACAACGCGCCAGUAUCAAUCUGAUAUGUCACUUCGGCCACGUAGUGCAGGAGAGACGAUCACUAGUAGACGCGAAGGGCACGGUUGGGAUACCGAGACUCAGGAGGAAUUUACAGAGACGGGUAGUAUCUCCAGCACCAAUAGCACGUAUAACGGCACAUCAUCAUAUCAACGCCCGACACGAGCCAGGACACCGCCAGAUCUAUUUUCAUUCGGGGGUGGUGGUGACGCCUGGGGUCGUGAUGUGAGGUUCAACGAUUCCUCACGCGUCCCACCACACCCCGCUCAUCGCUAUGAAAACAUUCGUCGCUCUAGCAUGGCCAAUCACCCGCAGAGUGAUGAUACGGUAGUUGCGUACCAGGGUCAAUUCACGGGCGAUGGACAUCCAGAGGUACAACAUCCUCUCAACUCGCCAUCCCAACCAUACCCACCCGACCGUCGAUCUUCGCUGGCUGCCACUACCAAACUGCGCAAAGCAGCACCGGCAAACAAUCCUUCAACGGUAACAGCUACAAAUUCGCCGCUCCCUUCGCCGGAGAAAGACACUGCCAACAGGAGAUCGCGAUUCUCGACACGCUUCUUUAUAAGACCGGAGAAACCACCGAUGGUGAGGAGUCAGAGUUACGUUGCAGAGGAGGAAGCAAGGGCUACGCCGCCACCGAUUAGGAGGAAUCGUACACAGGCACAAAUUCCUAGACCAAGCUCUGCGAGUGGGCCAGGGGUUUCUGGAUAUGAUGCCGCGGCGGAUGAGAUUGAUGGCGAUGUGGGGAAGUCGUUGGGGGUCGGAGGUAAGAAAUGGUUUGGGAUGGGGAGGACUAAUUCUUUACGGCGCAGUUGA